AUGUCAGAUUACGACCAACAAGUUGUCAAGACAGGGGUGCAAUACUCGAACAGAGUCUUUAUUGGCAACCUUCACACACGGAUGGCGGAAUACGACGUGUGUACGAUCAUGAGACAUUACAAAUUCUACCCAGAGGACAUAAAGGUAAUACGGGACGUUAAUGGGUGCAGUAAGGGAUAUUGUUUCGUGGAUUUUAGAAGCGAAAAUGAAGCUAAGAGACUGCUAGCUCAGGAGAACAUUGAAUCCAAGUUCGGUAGAAAGUUGCUGAUCAAACCUGCCAUUCGCAUACGAAGAAAAGAGGUCCUGGUGGUGAAACAACAGACAACUGCCAGCCACGCUCUAGAGUGCAGCGCCUCCCCAGAUAUGGCCAGUAGGGGUUACCCGUCCCAAGACCACACUCCUACGACCUACACCAGUUGUCACUAA